AAAAAUCCCAACCUCAAUUUCAUAUAAUAUAAACAAACAAAACGCAUAAUGGUAUUCGCUGGUGCAAUAAAACUGAACAAACGGGGCUAUGCCCUUGCCGCUCUCCUAAUUCUACUCUUCAUUUACUACAUACAGGUGCAGUAUUCCCAUUCAGACGACAUAAACGUAUCACAAUUACUGAAAACGGCUAUAAUAGCGGCCAAUUUAGGCGGUAAGUUUGUAGUGAAUACGAAAAACCACCUUUCUGUGCACGUAAAAGGUAAAACCAAAGAGGGCAUGGACGAUAGCGUCACCACUGCUGACUUACUAAGCCAUUGCGUCAUGAAACAAUUAAUCGAACGUAGAUUGCCGAAUGUUAAAUUUAUUUCUGAAGAAAAGGAGGUUGAUUGUGAGGAAGAUUUAAGUGGGACUUUGAUGGACCCUGAAACGUCUUUAACAGAAGAUGUAGCAGUUAGGGGUAGUGACGUCACUAUAUGGAUUGAUCCUUUGGAUGCUACACACGAAUAUACAGAGAAAUUAUAUGAAUAUGUUACUACAAUGGUUUGUGUAGCAGUUAAAGGGGAACCGUUAAUUGGAGUAAUUUAUAAACCAUUCAGUGAAACCACUUUUUGGGCUGUCGUAGGUUACGGACAUUCUAACAAUUUGAAACCAAAAGCAAAUAAUGCAAAAUCUGACAAAACUAAAAUUAUUGUAUCAAGAUCUCAUAGAGGGGCCAUUGAAAAAGUACUGGAAGAAAACUUCAAGCAUACCCCAUAUGAAAUGGUUAUUGCUGCAGGAGCUGGCUAUAAAGCUUUGGAAGUAGCUGAAGGUUCUGUAGACGCUUACCUACACAUAACAGCAAUAAAAAAAUGGGACAUUUGUGCUGGAAAUGCUAUAUUGAAGGCACUGGGUGGUAAAAUGACUGACAAAAAUGGAAAUUCUUUGACUUAUUUCAAUGAAACUAAUGUGCUUAAUGAGCACGGUUUGAUAGCGACUUUGAAUAAUCACGAACAAUUUGUAAAUAAAAUUUAGAGUUA